GUGCCGCUGGUGUCCGUCUGCAGCUGUGGGAUGGCGGUAAACGUUUACUCCACGUCGAUGACCAUCGAGAACCUGAGCAGACAUGACAUGCUGGCCUGGGUCAACGACUCUCUGCAGCUCAGCUACACCAAGAUCGAGCAGCUGUGCUCAGGUGCGGCGUACUGUCACUUCAUGGACAUGCUGUUCCCCGGCUGUAUCCUGCUAAAGAGGGUGAAGUUCCAGGCCAAACUGGAGCACGAUUACAUCCACAACUUCAAAGUGCUGCAGUCGGCCUUCAAGAGGAUGAGCGUGGACAAGAUCAUUCCUGUGGAGAGGCUCGUCAAGGGCAGGUUUCAGGACAACUUCGAGUUCCUUCAGUGGUUUAAGAAGUUCUUCGACGCCAACUACGACGGAAAAGAGUACGACCCUCAGUUAGCGCGACAGGGCCACGACGUCACGCCACUGCCCCCCCCCAACCCAGGUGAAGUCAUUUCCCACAAAACCAAGAGCCCUCAGAAAGCAGCAGGACCCCAGCGGACGUCACCAACGGUACCCAAAACUAUGCCCGCCCCCCCACGCCCCAUAAGCUCCACCCCCUCAACCGGAACACGGAGGAACAUGCCAAUGUCACGGAACGGAGGCGGCGACGCCGAGAUCGUGGAGCUCAACCAGCAGCUGAUGGCCCUGAAACUGACUGUCGACGGUUUGGAGAAAGAGAGAGACUUCUACUUCGGCAAACUCCGAGACAUUGAGCUGAUCUGUCAGGAGAACGAGAGUGACAGCAACCUGGUCCUCGGCAAAAUCCUGGAGGUGCUCUACGCCACAGAGGAUGGUUUCGUGCCUCCGGAGGAUGAGGAGAUUGACGAACAGCCGCAGGACCAGGAUGAAUACUGAUCCUCCUCAUCCUCACUCUCUCUCUCUCCAUCCUUUCUGCCUGCCCUUCCUCCAUCACGUCAUCCUUCUUUAUUUCUCACCCUCUUUCACUCCAUCCCCCACCAGCAGACACUAGGGGCGUGGCCUAAUAGGCUCAUAGCGUGAGUAGGGCGUGUCUAUGCUAAUGAGGUCUGAAGUGAUAUGGUGAAGCUGAUGUUUGAUUGGCUGUGAGUUUAAUGAAGAGUCCAGACGACUCGAUGAUGAUGAUGCGGUGACACUUUCUCACACACACACACACUCACACACACACACACACACACACACACACACAUGUCUCACACACACUGAUGUAGCGACACACACUGAGCCAAGGUUAACAGUUUUUUAUUUGGCUUAUUUAUUAGAGAGCUUGGCACUUUUGUCAUUUUUCAUUUGAAUCUUUUGUUUUCUUUAGAGGGGUUUUGAGUAGCAGUGAAUGAAGUGGACACUAAGGAUCAAAUCCCAGACAAAUCGCAGGUUAAAUAAGCUUCAAAUCAACAUGAAGCCUAUUUACUUUCUUAUUCCUGCUCCUGAUCUUAUUACAUUCACCAUCAGACCAGAACCGCGUGUUAGGACAGCAAAUCGAGUCUUCAUGCUGACUUUAAAGAGUUUGUGUGUGUUUAAAUCAUUAUUGAUAGUGCAGGUGUGAGAGUUUUAUUUAUUUAUAAAGGAAACCGUCAAACGGCAUGAAAAAGAACAACUAACAUUGAAUGGAAAAGUCAAUGAAUACGAAGAAGAAAAGAGACUUGGCCAUUACUAACGGUUAACCGACUGACGCUACAAAACCGAGUUUUCUAGCUGCUAUGUUUUAAUGUAACAUUUCAUUCUCAGUCUUUAUUAUUUGAUUGACAGGCCUGUGUCAUUAACCCUUUCACUCCUCAUCUGCUGUAAUGGCAACCAUUUGCAAACAUGCAUCCAUGUGGAGUUUUUCUUUGUAAAAUAAAAAAGUGUGGAGAAUGAA